AACAAUAUGAGGAAAACCCUUGCAUUUCCUCAUGGGUGUAUGGGGCAGUGCUUUCUCCAUCCUGUUCAACCGGGUUCUGGGGGUGAAGGAGACGACCAGUAGCAGCACAAUGGAGGAGGAGCUGGAGCAAAUUAAACCCGAGCAUAUCGUGGGUGAUGAUUCAGCAGAUAACGAGGAGGAAACUCAGAGGGGAGGCACAGAGAGCGCAGAGGCAGAAGAUGAGCGGCAGCGUCAUGCCCAGGCGAGCUGGGUUCAGCGCAUGCUGACCUCUAUAAUGGGGGACACCACCCUGUUCACCACACGUGAGGGCCGUGCCGGCAAGGUGCACAAUUUCAUGCUGGGACUCAACCUAAACUCUACACUGCCCUUCUCUCCCUUCAGUGGCCUCAUGCACCAGAACUCAGUGGAUGAAGAGGUUGAUGCUGUUACAGAUCCUGACGAGUUUGAGCGAAUCUAUGAGCCCUUAGAUGUGAAGAGCAAGAAAAUCCACAUAGUGGACAGCGGUCUGACCUUUAACCUGCCCUAUCCUCUCAUUCUGCGGCCACAGAGAGGAGUUGACCUCAUCAUUUCCUUCGACUUCUCAGCCAGGCCCAGUGACUCCAGCCCGCCAUUCAAAGAGCUACUGUUAGCUGAAAAAUGGGCCCGUAUGAAUAAGCUGCCAUUCCCUAAGAUCGAUUCGAAAGUAUUUGACCGAGAGGGUCUGAAAGAGUGCUAUGUGUUCAAACCCAACAAGGGAGAAAAGAGCUGCCCCACUGUCAUUCAUUUUGUCCUGGCCAACAUCAACUUUCGGAACUUUAAAGCCCCAGGAGUUCCUAGAGACACAGACAAGGAGAUAGAAUUUGCAGACUUUGACAUUUUCGACGAUCCAGCCUCUCCCUUCUCCACCUUCAACUUCCAAUACUCCAACCAGGCCUUCAGGAGGCUUCAUGACCUCAUGGAGUUCAACACGCUGAACAACAUCGAGGUUAUAAAAGAAGCAAUUAAAGACAGCAUUCUGCAGCGACGAGAGAACCCCUCACGCUGCUCGGUUUCCCUGUUACUCAAUGAAAUUGAAAACAAGAAGUUCCUGAAACGAGAUACCAGCAGUGCAAAACGACACACCUAACAGAUAGCUGCAAACAGCUAUGCAAAAGCCUAGACUGCGUUGGUCCACUGGUGCUGAUUUCUCAUUUCAUGAGAAUCACUGAGCAGAUUCAUCAGACAAGACUGGACUGACCUUAUUACAAGCUCAUUUUUUAUGCUGCAUUCCAGACCACUUUAAAUUUCCCCAGCUCCUACUUAAAGAUAAAGGCGCUCGAGGUCAAACUUCCAAUUCAUACCAAACCAGGGUUAUUAAUGUUAAGGAGAGGAAUGGAAUAGAUUUGAAAAUGGUCAAAUGUUUUGUGUAUGGCGACACGAGAGUACUACACUCUCAUUGGUCACUGAAAACAUAAUCAAAUUCGCCAGAAUAUUUAAUAAACGGACACACAAUGGGCAGAGGACGUAAAGAACUUUACAACAUUCAGGACCUCUUCCCAGCUUAAUUUCAAAACUAUUCUUGAAUUACCACUUGGGCAAAUUCUUCAUGUUAAAUUGCUUGCAAAUCUGUCUGUGUACUUCUCUACGGGUUGCAAGGAGCCAAGUACAGGCAGCUUUGUUUUCACUUGACAUUUUAGCAGUAAAUACUGUUCUGGGAGUAAUUUAUGGUCUCAGUGGCGGCCUGGGCCUUAGGACUCGCUGUUCUUCAUGCGUUUCUGCCGAUGUGAUAAGAAAACAAUGACUGCUCUCCAUUCGGUUCUACUGUGACACAUCUAUGACCAAUAGCCUUGCCUUCGGGACAGGAUUCAUCUCAUAUUUCAGCGAAAGAUUCAUUGCUUAGGAACUGGAUUCAGCUGCUUUUAUUUAUUUUCGCUUACAAAUGAUGUCUCCCGCCCGAGGGGUGAAAGGAAGUAGGUACUCCAGGACUCCACCUCCUCGUAAGGUGUCACAUGAUGGGACAUGUUGUGAAAAUAUAUUGGUGGCAGACCGGCACAUACAGAUCUAACUUCACACAUAAUCAUUCCUCUGGUUUACAUACUUUAUGAUGAAAGCGUAUGCAAGAUUAUUUAUUUGUAUGCUUAUUGUGUUUUAUAAUUUCAUUUUAAGAUUUGGACAUCUCAAAAUUAAACAUUUGAAAUGAAUGUCAAUGGGGGGAAAAAGUGCUUAAGGCAGAGCAGGUAAGGUUUUUCGUAAAACUGAACUGAGGUCAGUAGGAUAAAAGUGGCAGGUAGAUACCAGAAAGACUGGUUGUGGGGUAAAAAUAGACCUAAGCUUUAGAGUGCACUUUAAGUCCAAAAUAAAUGUCUACUUUUAUACAUUCUUUCCUGUUUGUGUUCGAACAGCACAAGUGUCAGAUCCUUUAAAAGUGGGCAUGUUCUGUAUGAUUGUAUGAUUCAUGUAUACACAACGGUUAUCUGUGUCAUGUACAUUUAAGUGAUGUUACCAGCCUGUGUGGUGUAGUGUCGUGCAUAAACGUAAUAAAAGGAUAUUUAUACCAAUGAA